AGUAUACUUUCUAUCGCCCAACCGCUGUAUUUGCACAGCGGUACGAGCUGGCAGCAAUCGGGACUACACACAGCAUGAUCGAUCAACUAUGUCACUCGUCCGUCAAAGUGGCGGCUUGUCAAGUGACAACACGAAAAAAUGUUUGUUUAUCCGCUAGUUUGUGAUAAUUUUCCAAUUUUCACCCAAUUUACAUUGAAAAUCGAAAAAGUUACCAGUGAAAAUGAACUGCAUCAUCACCGGACGGAACAUGAAGAUUCUCGCUCGAACGGUAAACUUCUUCUCAAAAAUCGGGAAUGAGCUCUACUUGGAAGCGCUUCCGACGGGAUUGUCGCUCAAAGCCAUCAACUCAAUCAACACCGCCUACGUGAUGGCCAACUUCAGUACGAAGUACUUCAUCAGCUUCCGGCAGGGAGCGAACGAUCGGUUCGAGGAAAACAACUGCAAAGUAUCCAUCAAACCGAUGUUGAAAAUCUUCAAACGCUUGGCAACGAUUCAGGUUUGCAAGAUCUGGCUGCAGGUCGAUCGAAAGAAGAUCAUUUUCCAGUUCCAGUGUAAGUCGGACAUUCUGAAAACACACAUCAUUCCACUGCUGGAACAUGAACACAUCAAUUCGUUGCGAUUGCCCGAGACAUUCGCUAAUAAGGUGGUCGGGGAUCACAAAGUAUUCAACCGGAUAUUGAUGCACUUUCAUAGAACGGUUAAGGAAGUCAAUUUCGAUGUUAAAACUGAUGAAACAAUUGUUUCUAACUACAUUGAAAACACCAGCAAGGACCGAACAACUAUGAGAUCCACUUUAUCGAUUGGAUGCUCAGCGUUUAAAUUAUACGAUUUGGAAUCUCCUUCCAACAUAACAUUCUGCUACAAGGAAUUCAAAGCUAUGGCUCAUUACGCUGAACACAAUCGGAUGAUAGUGGACAUGAAUUUCGACCAGGCAGGGGGCCCUCUUAUGAUCCGGAUGAAGAAAGAUGAUGUUCUGCAGAUUCGGUUCAUAAUGGGAACGAUGAGACCACGGUUGGAAAAGCAGAACAGAAGCGUCCAGCGAGCGAACAGAAAGCUAACGGAUCAGCUGGGAGAGAAGAAGGGGACAACCGUUAGGACCACCGAUAGCGAACGUAUCGACACUUGCCGUACUUCGAUCAGUCAGGCUAGCGAUCAAACGGAAAUGUCUGAGAUGGAAUCCAGAAAUAGUUGUUUGCGAGGUGAUGAUACACGCCAUCGAACGGGGCUGGAAACGGUACAACACGAACAGACUCCGAAUGCAAGAAGAAGUGAAGCACCUUCCAGAAUGAAUUCCAAACCCAACCAAGAACCAUUCCUCGAGGGCUUACACAGCCUCUCAACACCAGCAUCCAUCGAAAAUAUCGAUCACCCUCCAGCGGCGGUCCCACUGCCAAACAAUCCACCUCUGCGAACGGAAGAUGAUCCACACUCGUAUGACGUCGUCUUUGCAGGUAAUUCUGAUGAUCCGAAUUCUGAAAGCCAGAACCUGCUGGCAGCAGCAACACCGACCUCCAGUAAACGAAGGACCGAUUCCCAAAAGCAACACCCAAAGGCAAAACGACCCAACUUGACGCAUCUGCGCUCGGAAGCUCUCUUCACCGGAGACGCACAGCCUCCUGUUCCUUCGACGUCGUCCCGUGUUUCGUUGAAUAUUCCCGAAACGGUGCCCGAGUCGCCGGAAGCCGUUGCCGAUCGGAAGCGGAAAAAGGAAAAAUUACGGGACAUUUUCCGCAAGUGCUUUGAAAAUACGUUCGAUCCCCGCAAGAUCAGCACCAGUGUGGAGUUCUAUGCCGAGAAUUCCGAUCCGGAGGAUAAUUGAAAACAAAUAUUAUAUCAUUACACAAGUGUACGUUCAUUAAAGUUUACUGUAACCGAUAAUUGGAAUGUUUUAU